UCCUUUCCUCUGGAGCGCUCGGUGAGGAAUGCUGCAGAACUGUUAAACUAGCAGGCAAUGAAUUGUUUCUUGGGAAGAGAGCUUAUCUCUUUCUUCUGUCUCCCAGUGAGAAAAAUGUGGCUGAAGUUUCUUUUGGCUAUUCUUCUCCUGCAUGUAACAGCUGCAAAGGAACCUGAGCCGCAGUAUGUCCUGAUGGUGCCUGCUGUCCUCCAAAUCGACUCUCCAGGUCAGGUUUGCCUGCAGUUCCUUAACCUCAACGAGACAAUAUCCAUCAGAGUCAUCCUAGAAUAUGGUGCUGUUAAUACCACUAUUUUUGAGAAAACCAUGACAGCAAGCAAUGGUCUACAGUGCUUCAACUUCACGAUUCCUCCUGUCCGUUCUGCAUCAUUGGCUUUCAUUUCCUUCUCUGCCAAGGGCACCACAGUCAGCCUAGAAGAGCGGCAGUCGGUGAUGAUCUGGAACACAGAGAGCAUUGUCUUUGUGCAGACAGACAAACCCAUCUACAAACCAGGACAGAGUGUGAUGUUUCGUGUUGUUGCCCUGGAUUUCAAUUUUAAACCUGUUCAAGAGAUGUACCCCUUAAUUGCGAUUCAGGAUCCACGGGGCAACAGGAUCUUUCAGUGGCAAAACGUGACAUCAGAGAUGAACAUUAUCCAGAUUGAAUUCUUGCUAACUGAAGAGCCUAUCCUGGGGAAUUACAAAAUUAUCGUAGCAAAGAAGUCAGGAGAUAAAACAAAUCACUCAUUUCUUGUAGAGGAAUAUGUGUUGCCAAAAUUUCAUGUCACAGUCACUGCACCAGAGAGCCUUACAGUCCUGGAUUCAGAGUUCACAGUGAAAGUCUGUGGAGUGUACAUCUAUGGUCAGCCUGUUGAAGGGAAAGUCCAGCUCAGCGUGUGCAGGGAUUUCGAUUCUUAUGGGAGGUGCAAGAAAAGCCCAGUUUGUCAGUCAUUUACCAAAGAUCUGGAGACAGAGGGCUGUCUCUCCCAGGUUUUCAGCUCCAACAUCUUUGAGCUAAAUCGUAUUGGUUACAUGAGGAAUCUUGAUGUGAAAGCGAUUGUCACAGAGAAAGGAACAGGUCUGCAACUUACAGCUACUCAGUCUAUUUCCGUAACUCGGGUGAUGAGCAGCGUACAGUUUGAGAACAUGGAUCGCCACUACAAAAGAGGAAUUCCUUACUUUGGACAGGUCAAGCUGGUAGACAAAGACAACUCUCCUAUUUCCAAUGAGGUUAUUCAGCUAUUUGUCAAUAACAAGAACACAGGCAACUUCACCACUGAUGAUAAUGGCAUUGCGGAGUUUAGCAUUGAUACAUCCAAAAUGUUUGAUCCUGAGAUCAGUCUGAAAGCAACUUAUAAAACCAGUGACCAGUGCCACUCUGAAGGUUGGAUAGAGCCUUCCUACCCCGAUGCAUCUCUCUCCAUCCAGCGCUUCUACUCCUGGACUAGCAGUUUUGUGAGGAUUGAGCCUUUGUGGAAAGAUCUGAGCUGUGGGCAGAAGAGGAUGAUCACCGUGCACUAUGUCUUGAACACAGAAGGAUACAAGGGCAUCAACACCAUGAACUUCUACUACGUUGGCAUGGCAAAAGGCAAGAUUGUCCUUACAGGGGAAAUUAAAGUUAAUAUCCAAGCUGACCAAAAUGGCACUUUCACUAUCCCACUUGUGGUCAAUGAGAAAAUGGCUCCAGCUCUUCGGUUGCUGGUAUAUACCCUACACCCUGCCAAGGAGCUGGUGGCAGACAGUGUCCGAUUUCCAGUUGAGAAGUGUUUCAAAAACAAGGUCCAGCUGCAAUUCUCUGAAAAGCAGAUGCGCUCGGCUUCCAAUGCCAGUUUAGUCAUUGAAGCUGCUGCCAACUCCUUCUGUGCUGUGAGGGCAGUGGACCAGAGCGUGCUGCUCCUGAAGUCUGAGGCAGAGCUGUCCGCAGAAACGAUAUACAGCCUGCAUCCCCUGCAAGACUUUCAAGGCUACAUCUUCAAUGGGUUUAAUCUAGAAGAUGACCCCCAAGACCCCUGUGUCUCAUCUGACAACAUCUUUCACAAAGGCUUGUAUUACACACCUGUAAUGUCUGGAUUAGGCCCAGAUGUAUAUCAGUUCCUCAGGGAUAUGGGCAUUAAAUUUUUUACCAACUCAAAGGUUCGGCAACCAGUUGUGUGUACUAGUGAGACUGUAAGACCUCCAGCAUAUUUCCUGAAUGCAGGAUUCAUGGCUUCUACACAUCAUGUCAAAUCAUCAGGUAAUAUAGGGGACAGGAAAAAUAUUUUCUUUUUCUCCUUAAAUGAAGUGAUAUUCCUGUGA